ACAGGAGAAUCCUUCAAUAUUUCUCUCCCAUACUUGGAAUAAUUUCAAUUCAAUAUAGAUAACUGUCACAGAUAAAUAUGUUGUGGUAGGCUACUACUACACAACAAUUUUAGCUGAAGCCCAGUUCACACUUAUCAUGCUGCGUUCCAUCCUAAUCAUGGCCGAUAUUUGCGUUGGGUGGAGGGAUGGUGGUGGGACAGAUCACAUGACGGGCACGUGUGGCAUGCACCAUUCCAGACCGUUGAUAUCACUGAUCAUUUAUGAUCGGAUCGGAGUGGCAUAAGUGUGACCUGGGCUUUUUCUAUAAACACAAUAUCAUCUUCACUACCACACAAGAGUAUGGAGUAGAAACUUGAUCGCUGUUCAGUUCUCGUCUAACUGCUUGACUUGUAUAUUGACCAGGGAACAACCAGGAAUCAAACAUUGGACGUCUUAUAGACGAGUUCGAAUGCAACCUUGAUGAGCGUGAGAUAAUGGAGAAAUUCGAUGUACCAGAGGGGGCUCUCCGUUCGCCUUUCUACACUCUCUCAAGACGGGUGGGCUCCAUCCCUGAAAGCGCUGCUAACCAGCCGAUUUUCUGUCUCUCGAAACGAAAUUGCAUGAAAGUGAUGUUCAAAGGCUUCGGAUAUGUGUUGCGUAGCACCCGCAAGAACGAUGUGACCUCGGUUUGGAGAUGUGACAAGUUUGCCCUGCGAAACUGCUAUGCUAAACUGGUGACAACCGCUCAGAAGAAAGUCAGUGAAGAAGUGGGUUAUCACAAUCAUGCACCGGACUGGGAGUGUUUCCUUCGGGAGUACGAGUUCCAGAAUUCUAAUCAACUUGUGUAGGCGUUAUCUAGGAUAGGCCUAAAUGAGUUUCUUGUCACAAAUUUCUUGGUUAUUUGUCUCUAAAUAAGCAAUUAUUCAGUAGCUAGAUAUUCAGUUCAUGUAAUUCAUUCAUGAAUGAAUAGGUGUUUGUGAUCAAAUUCAACUGUAUUUUGAAAAAUUUUGUGAUAUUCUCAAUAGAAAAUUGAAUUAAUGUGAACAGUCGAAUGUAAGAAUAUAAUAUCUGCCUUGAACUUGGUCGAUUGUAAAUAAUGUUCUGUUGUAUCGAUUUCAAUUUUACAAACGUGCUUACAAAGCUAUUCCAAGUAAUUCUUCAAUUUAGAUUAUUUACAAUUUGCUGUCUUAUACUUAUUCUAUCCGAUCCAUGUUAUUCUGUUGACAAAUAUUGAGUGUAUUAGUACAAAGAAAUAGAAUCUUGAUUAAUCAUAAAUUGAGCAUUGAUUGCUCAAAUAUAAAUAAAUUAUGACAUCAUUUUCAAACAUAGUUGAAGUAAAUAAAAAUACAUGUAUUUUGGUUCUUGAAAAAA